AUGGGCGCGAGUACCGUAGUUGCUGUUUUGUGCUGUGUUCUGGCGCUCUCGGUGGCUGAGUCCCAACUCGAACAGCAGAAACAAAAACAGCCUUCUGAUCAGCUAGGUGCCGCUACUGUGACGUCAUCAGGGAGUGACCUGACGGGUGCGGCCACUCAAGGACACGGAGGGCAUGGCGGCGAGAAAUUCUUUAUGUACGCUCACCAGCCCGAUAAGAAGCAGUACGAGUUCGGCUUCAAGAGAGGAAAUGACUAUCACACUAUAGAACGAUAUGAGAAGGGGGGACCUCACCACAACUUCAAGGCAAAGGUCCGUUGGGAAGAUAGCAAAGGGGGCUACGGCGAGCACUAUUGGGACUACAACCACGCCCCGAAAUACCACGACGACCAUCACGACGACCACCAUGGCGGAGGCGGCGGUUACCAUGACGACCACCAUGGCGGAGGCGGCGGUUACCAUGACGACCACCAUGGCGGAGGCGGCGGUUACCAUGACGACCACCAUGGUGAUGGCGGGUACCAUGACGGCCACAAUGACCACGGCGGGUACCAUAGUCAGCCCGUGCCCGACUUCGCCCCCGCGCUCGCCUCCUCGUCCUCCCCGAAGGUCGUGGGCGAGAGAGAGGGCCGCUCUUACACGCCGAGCGCCCACCCCCGACGACGUCCCAAGGCCACUUCUGCGGGGAACAAAGUCGGGGUGGACAAGGCCUCGGGGCUGGAGGAGAAAGAGCCCAGGAAGGAGGUAGUCCCCAGGAAGAACAAGAACGGCAGGAAGAAGUACGGUUUCUUCAACGAAAGGAGGAGCUUCGAGUACUCCAGGACCUUCGGCAGGGACGGCAAACAGCCGGAGAAGAAGGGGUCGCAGGGGGCAGUCGAAUCCCCUUCGGCUCGUGCCUCGGGCUUCGACCAAACCCCUGACCUCUCGGACACGAAAUUCUAUCCUCGGUCGUCUGCUUCCUCCUCUUCUCCUUCUUCGUACUCUUCUCUUCUGAGCCCAGACAGCAAGAAAGUCUCUGAAAGUAAGAAGUUUUCCGCGAGGUUACCUUCUAGCUCACCUCAAAGGGCGUUCAACAACCGCCGUUUCAAGCGACCAAGACACAGGUCCUCCUCCAUCUCCACCACCACCUCUUCCCCUCUCCCUCUCCCCUCUCCUCCUCCUCAGAGGAAGAAGCCUGAGGAAUCUACGACCUCCCCCUCUCCAGCCUCACCCGCAUCCUCUCCGUCUCCUUCCAUCUCCCCUUCCGGUUUGGCUUUCGAUAUGGAGACAGGCCGAGUAUACGACGAGGAGGCCGGUGUGUGGUACUCGCUCGUCCCCGUCACUGAGCCCUGAGGAGCCACUGGAGCGGUAAGAGGUACCUCCUUCCAGCGCUCAGUUCUUACUCAAAGUGCGAGUAAGUGCAUCUAAUAACCUUCCCUAUUAGCUUUAUCUCUCCCCUAUCUCUCUCUCUC